AUGGCCGGCAAGAUGAAGUCCUCCCUCAUGGCCCUCGCGCUGUGUGCCCUCGUCGCGCUCCUGACGCCCGUCCUUGGCGCCGAAGUGGUGCCUCGCGCAACCUUCACCGAGGUGAGGGACUACGGCUCCAACCCGACAGGCACGGGCAUGUGGCUCUACGUGCCGCGGAACCUGGCCGCGAAGCCCGCCGUCGUGGUCGGCCUCCACUGGUGCAGCGGCAGCGCGCAGGCCUACUACCAGGGCACCCACUGGGCGAGCAACGCCGAGAAGUACGGCUACAUCGUCAUCUACCCGCAGACGCCGUACCUGCGCAGCAACUGCUGGGACGUGUCGAGCAAGAAGACGCUGAUGCACGGGGGCGGCGGCGUGAGCACCUCGAUGGCGAACAUGGUGAGCUUCGUGAUCGCGCAGUACGGCGCCGACGAGAGCCGGGUCUUUGCGACGGGCACGUCGUCGGGCGCGAUGAUGACGAACGUCCUCGCGGCGACGUACCCCGACGUCUUCGCCGCCGGCAUCGCCUACGCCGGGGUCCCGGCCGGGUGCUUCAUGUCGGCGGACGAAAGCGCCGACUACUGGAACGGGACGUGCUCGUUGGGCCAGACCAUCUUGACGCAGCAGCAGUGGGCCGACGUCGCGGAGGCCAUGUACCCCGGAUACACGGGGCCAAGGCCCAAGAUGCAAAUCUACCACGGUUCGCUGGACACGACGCUCUACGUGCAAAACUACUACGAGACGAUCAAGCAGUGGACGGGCCUGUUUGGGUACUCGACGACGCCGGUCUCCGAGACGCCCAACUAUCCCCGCAGCCCGUACACGAAGUCCGUGUUCGGGGACAAGCUGGAGACGUUCCUGGGCAAUGGCGUAACGCAUUCGAUCCAUGUCUUUCCCGAAGAGGAUCUCAAGUGGUUCGGGUUCCUGACACCGGUGAGCCCCUCGUCCGCCGCGACGACGACCUCGGCAGCCGCCGGAUCGGGGACGGCGCCGCAGUGGGGCCAGUGCGGCGGUAUCGGGUGGACGGGACCGGCGACGUGCGUGGACCCAUUCAAGUGCAACAAGGUCAACGAUUGGUACUCGCAGUGCCAGUAG